AUAUUAUGCAAAUGCAACCCUGUGUUUCUCAGCUCUGGCGUCGUGGAGGAUCUCAAUUGUUUAUAUUCGUAAUUUAGUAUAAAUAUGCUUAUUACCUUUUGUUUUUGUCACAGCUGACAUCCCGUUUAACUUUCCGUUGUGUGACAAACACAUAUUUUUAAGACUUGAAAAGCGUUUUUAUAACCCGACCAAAUCUUAAUCAUGCAACCCGCACUAUCGAAAUCGAAGGAGUUGAACUUCAAGAUCCAGCUGCUUUCCGGCAAGAAUGUUGUCCUGGUAGAGUGUCCGGGCUUCGAGAGUGAGCUGUUCAUGCCGCAAAUCGUCAAGGGACGGAUAACCUUCCAGAACAUCAUACCGAAUCGAAAAUGCUGCCAAGAGAGCAGAAUGUUAACUGAUUCCUUGAAGGCCGAUAUGGGCACGAGGCCUGGGAGUUCGAAGAGCCCUCCGCGGCGCUCCCUUCUCGAUGUCAACCUCUCCACCCCGCUGGCCAAGAGCACCCCGUCGUCUUCGUCCUUUCCUCGAGCUCAGGCUGAUAAGGAGAAUGUUCUCCCACAGUUGACGCCCGAGGUAGUGCGCUGCCGACCAUUUCAGCUGACUUCACUAGGUGAAGUGGACAUGGAUGUAGUUUCCAUGAGCGAGAUGCUCUGCCAGGAGCAGGCGUCCAAGAGCCAGAAUCUACCUUCGCCUCAUCCUCAACUGGCAGCUUACCAAAGCGAAAGCCUCUCUGGGACACAGGUUUCUCCACCAGUCCUUUCCCGUCUGAGCCAGGCUAGUGUUCAAUCAAAGGAACAUGGAUUGAACAAGUCUACACCCAAGAUUCCACCCGUACGGACCUAUGCCCGUAAAAAGGUGGGUACCGCCGGCAAAACAAAGCCGGCACCCGUCUGGUCACCUCUCCUAAAGAAGAAAAAGAAUCCCUCGGUAUCCUCCACAAAGGUGCCCAGUCCCACCAUGAAGCUGGAGGUGCGCCAUCGCAAACUGAUAGUCGACACUAAAAAGACCCUGGACGUACGCGAUCCAAACAAAUUGUGCAGUGCGCCCAUUUCAAUGAAUAAAAUCAUUCGAAAGCAGGUGACUGGGAAGACACGAAAGCAGUUCCAAGCGCUGAAAGUCACGGCCUUUGACUUGUUGACCAAUCCGUGCAUAAGCAGCAUGUCUGAUGAUCUCAUCAAACAAUUCCAGAAGUCCUGUGCGAACAAGAUAUGCACAACGCUGCCCAACUACGCCGAGAUCGCGGUUGCCUCGCCGCUGAAAAUGGAUCGAGAAGUGAAAGCUAUGGUGGCCAGACAAAAGCGGAUGGAGCGGAACGAGAAACCGAAAUGUGUUCUGUCCCUGAAGAGCAAGCUAGUCUAGAGUCCGGUUCCGUAAUUUAAUCCGUACAUUCAUUUGUCCUGACCUUGGAACAGUUUUCCAAAUCAUGUAUAUUCUUGCCAUUCCGAUCAAACAGAAUACUACAAAUAAACGUGCUUCGAUCUCCA